AUGGACGCCGGAAACACUGUUGGCGGACCUUAUCUCCCCAAUCCUGCGGGACGCAAUGUCCACGGCCAUGGUCCUGCACACUCAGCUACUGAUCCAAACGCCAUGAUUCAUCAGUUCUCCGGGCUGUCUUUGGGAGGAAUGAGUAUCCCUAGCAGUACUGCUCCGAUGCCAAUGGGACACAACCCACAACCCUAUGUGGUUGGAUCUGAUGCUCACCAGUAUUUUCUGCCUCCCAUGGCCGCUCAGCACCACACUGAGAACCCGUAUCCGACCUUCGGUAUCCCUGCUGGUGGAUUUGGUAACCCUUAUGUCGGUCUCCCGGCCAUGUCCUUUCUCCCUCUCACUCCCGGACGGGCCGCUAUUGCCCAGCCCCGUGUUGAACGCGGACAUUCAGAUGUGCCCGGUCUAGAGAAUCGCCGCGGAUCAUAUUCCACGACCGAGUCUACCCCAGCCACUCCUUUUUAUCGCACGGUUCCCCAGCGAGAUGACGGGCCACGCGUUGCCAAUCUUGACCGAUCCGCGUAUACGACUCCGUCGCCCCAGCAAAUUGGCCUCCCGGCCCUUCAUGCCGACACAGCCAAGCCUGCUAUUGCUGUUGUGUCGGACCGUACUAUCGAUGAAUUUCUUCAACAGGAGCCCGCUAUUCCUCGCGCUGUCCCAGCAGUUUUUACCCCUCCCAGUCAGAUGAAGAGCCUUGAACAAAGCCUGGAAAAUCGUAUCCCGGGCAAUCGCAACGUGUACAUUCGCGGACUUCACCCGACUACGGAUGAUGAACUGCUGUAUAAAUUUGCCUCCCGAUUCGGACCGGUCGAAACAUCGAAAGCCAUCAUUGAUACUGGAACUGGGGCAUGCAAAGGUUUUGGGUUUGCCAAGUUUUUUGAUUCUCAAGACUCUGAAAUGUGCAUUCGUGGAUUCCACCGACUUGGUUACGAAGUUGGCUUUGCCCGAGAAUCUUUCAACUCUCGCCUCAAGGCAGAAGGAGACGAAGGCUCUACUAAUCUGUACAUUUCCAAUCUCCCCAAGACGCUGACUGAAGUGGAACUUGGAACUAUCUUCCUCGGUACCACCAUCCUUUCGAGCAAGAUUCUUCGGGACAGCAUGGGCAAUAGCCGUGGCGUUGGGUUUGCCCGUUUUGAGAGCCGGGAAAUUUGUGACGAAAUUAUCAAAAAGUACAACGGCGUUGGGAUUGGAGAGGAAGGUCUCCUCAUGAAUAUUCGAUAUGCCGACACUCCAGCUCAAAAAGAACUCAAGCGAGUCACUGCCGAGCGACGCCAAUUUCGGACAAACGAGUACAAUAUUGGGGCUUACGGCACUCCUCUUGUGGGAAUGAAUCCUACAUUGUACAAUCAACCCCCUCGGUGGCGCGGAACGUUGCCUGUUUCGCGAAGUGGGCUUUCUGCUUCAUCGGACGAAGAGGGAAAUGUGAUGAGACACUCGGGAACCCGACGCGGACUAUCCGAGAUAGUCCCGAACACGAACACGGAUGCAGCUGCUGCAGCCACCUUGUCGGAGAGUGAUGAAGGUGUGACAAUUCAUGCAGACUCAUCCGCCGUCGCUGUUGGCUCUGACGAGAACAAGUCGCCAUCUGCCAAGGGUGCUCGACGGGACGAAAUUACUGAUUAA